CACGUGAGUAAAUACGCUUUUUUUAUCAGCGAUUUCUUCAAAGCCACCGGGACAACAUCUUUGUUCUUCGGUCCAUAUAGUUAGAGAAAAAAUGUAGAUGACCAAGAGGCUGUCUCGAGAUUUAGCGGAAGCGAUUUAUUAUUGCAAACUCCUGGAUGGAAUUGGCUGUUCUCGAAUAAACGUGGUAUGUUGAAGUUCACGUGUGAAUGAGCUCUGACUACAAGGCACAGGCAAUUCAUUUCAGGUACCUGUUUUGUCUUUCUUCUAUUGAUCUUUUUGCAUGAGAUAAUCACUGUUCAUUAAUUAAUUUAUAAUUCGUAUCGGGAGAAAAGAAUUUGACAGCAGCUAGAAACGGAAAAACACAGCACAAACAAAACUGAAGCGCCUUAUAAACUGAUUAAGCAAAUCUGGGGAUCUCUGACUGCUCUGAUCUUGACCUUCGCCUCUAUCUACAGGUAUACCAAGCUCGAAAGUACGAAUAGUUGCUGACUAACGUAAAUUUUAAGGGUUUGAAUGGGAUUUUUAGCGACCGCUGCUUGGGAAUCUAAAAAUGCAGUGAAACCUCUAUUAAGCGGACACCUUAGGGACCUUCCCAAGUGUCCGCUUAAUAGAGGGUGUUCGCCUUAUAGAAGUGUGUAAAAAUUGCGCAAUGUUUGUUAAAGGUUAACAUUUAACGGUUACGCUGUACUGUGAUAAAGUUCCAUGAAGUGCUGUACUUUGGUCAAGACUUUUAGGUGAAUUUUCAUCGUAGAUGAAAAUCAUAAGGCCGGAUAUCGUUCUAAUCUUCAAUAUAUUGACAUCUAAACGUAUUGAUUUAUCAUUAUUAAUCGACUACAGUACGUAUUCCAAGGACGUAAUCCAAUACUACUAUUGUCAAUUCAGUCGAGUGUCCGCUUAAUAGAGGUUUCACUGUAGUAACAAAACAGCAGAAUUCCUUAGCUAGUCGUAAUGUUUUAUUUAUAUUAACAGAAAUUCCGACUAGUUUUAGAGCCUGUUUACAUGAAGGUGGGGGACCCAAGGUAGGUGAGGUAACAUGGGGUGGGUUACCCCACCUAACAUGUAAACGUGAUCACAUUAAAAUGAGAGAUUAUAUGGACAGGCGGGUUACCCCACCUAAGCGGGUUACCUCACCUAUCUGGGGUACCCCACCUCCAUGUAAACAGGCCCUUAGUCGUGCCAUGUUUUUUUUCUCUACCGGAACUAGAAUCGCUCUCAGACGACCAAAAAUGCCAAGAACGCGCAACAAACCAAAAAUAGAAACAAGGAAUUCUCCUUUAUUCUUACGUACAACUUUUUUUUAUCUUCUGAUCAGAUUCCUAUACAAAUAAGUCUCGGGGACGAGGUGUAGAAAAUACGAGUAGAAAGCAUUCACUGGACUUAAGUGCUGUUUUUCUACAGUUAUGAAUGUAUGAGUCAGGGAAGAGACUGGGGAUUCUUGGUGGGGGUGUGCUGCCUGGUUCUCCAAAUCCUGACCCGAUUUCAGACCAAAAAAUGUAAUUUUCCACACCCGUUUUCAGACCAGACCUCUAAAAUCCAUAUCCGUUUUCAGACCUGGCCUUUAGGCAGAAAUUAUGUUAUCAUUACUCAGAUUAGAGCGCAAACAAACAAACUCAUCAAAUCUAUUUCGAAUUCGCAUAUUUCUCGUUUUUUCUUACUCAUUUGGAAUUGAAACGAUAACCCGAUUCCAGACCAGAAUGGGCAAAGUGUAUACCCGUUUUCAGACCAAAACGGCCCAUAAACCCUACCCGAUGGGGCGGCACAUACCUAUAUAGCUUAUAUAAGGGAGUACCCCCCCCCCCCCCCCCCCCAAUCGUUAUUAGUAUUCCGGAAUCCUUUAGCUGUAUUUUGGAUUCCAAAGCCCAGGAUCCCGGAUCCCACAAGCAAAAAUUUACCUACUAACAAUAAUUGAAAUCUAACACCUGGAUCCGAAUCCACGGCGUCGAAUCCAGAAUCCAACACUGUCUUGAAUUCCCUUAUAUGGGGUGAGGACUAUAUCCGUUAUUUAAGGUUGGUUUUCGACUCGCGUUGUUUGCGUUAUUUAUUUCACAGUUCAAUGCGGGCUGUCCAAACAUUGUAAACGGCACACCGUCCAACCUUUCGAGUAUCUAAAAUGGGGAUUUUUAAAUCAUCGAUGAAUGAAGCGAGCGCCGAAGGCGUGAGCCUCUUAGAGGGAGGGGGGAGGGGGGGGGGGGGGGGAGGAUUUGCUCCCCCCAGAAAAUCUUGAAAUCUUGAUUCUCUCAAAAUCUUUUUCUAGUUUUCUAAGAAGAAACUUUCUGUCUAAAAUGUUCGCCAAAUCGAUUUUCAUUAUUAUGCCUAUUUUUAUUUGCCAGGCCUCCUGUGCAAGUACUCGAUUUUAUUUUAUAUUUUGUGCAGUUUUUAAAGUUUUCUGCAUAUUAGUCUCAGUUAUGUAUACUCUUUUACUAGGUGUUCUUGCAUAAAUAUCGUAAGAAUUCAUUUGAAAAUAUCAGAACAGAUUUCAAAAUCGGGAUUUUUCCUGUCCUGAUCGCAUAGUGGUAGGGAUUCGGGACUUUCAAGCAAAAUCAGGAGAAUUCCGACGAGAUCGGGAUGGUUGAACAGUCUGAAACGACAACAACUUUAAUUUAAAGUCGGUUAUAGCAGCCACCUUGGCUGACAAAAUCUACAUAACGUCUGAUCGGCAAUUGAAACUACAGAACUUACUUAAAAUUCCCUUAAACUAAACACACUCUCUUCUUCAUACAUUUUCCUAAAUUGAGGCCCGAGGAAGGAAUUUGAUAGCCUGACCGAAGCAAGUUGCGCAAGACGCUCGCGCGUGAUUCGUCACGUUAUCCCUCAAAUGGAGAGAUUGCUUUCAAGCAGUAAUUUGAAAGUGAGAGGGCCCGAUGUUUGGUACUGGUGUAAGCGUGCCUUUAAUACUGUUUUGUCCUCGUUCCUGUAGGGGGGGGGGGCCAUGGUUAUCCCCCCUGGAUAAUUAAUUACAUCUUCUUAUAAUUAACUUUGGGGAAGGGGGAGCAGGGCACUUGCCCACUCGCUCCCCUACUCCUCCCGGGUCUUGAUUGCGUAAUAUUUGAAGUCCCUUUGUACUAUAUGCCAUUCGCACAAAAAUGGAUGUCUUCUCCAUUUAAGCGCUUCCAUCUCAAAGAUUUCAUCGCGUUACGUUAUCAAACUGACCGGAUAGUACAAGGAAAUUUUAUUUGACACUUCCGGUUCAAAUUCCUCACCCCACUCAGCAACAAAUCAAAUACCCGAACUACUGGGAAUACCUUUCGCGUCAAGUUCCCUACUCCCUUGGCACAAGUAAUGGUCAAAUGCCCAGGGUAUGCCCGGGGAAAUUUUGAAGUUUCGAAUCGAUUGGUGUGUUACAUCGAUCGGUGUACAAAUCGCGUCUUCAAAAUAUUUGCUUGUUCCUCGAAAAAAUGGGAUAUUUAACAAUUAUUCCUCGAGCUCGAAUGGGCUCUGAGUCGUUCUCGCGCAACUUUAGCUAGCAAAGCGCGAUUCAAACGCCAUUGUUUUAGUUUUUAAAGCCGGCGCUUUUCGCUACUAGUGGACUAUAACAUAUAGCCUAGUAGUAGCUUAUCCAAUCAUAACGCAGCAUUGAUAAUAGACCACUAGUUGGAUUUUACUAAAAAAGAAUAUUUAUUUAGUUUAGCAAACAGCAAAUAGCAAUUUUUAUCUAUCGGAUAGUGGUAUUUUUGUUCUUCUUGCCAUAUUUUUAGGCAGUAUGAUCUAAAUAUAAAACACAAAAAGCGGUAAUGAACAUUGUGAGCUUUCGCAUUUUUACAAACUUCAGUGAAACUUGACGUUUUGUAUGCUAUUUAACAUAAGAGCUGUAGUUCGGCCAUUUCUUUUUUCUACCGAUCUGCUGUCCCCUUUUCUGAACAAUCAUGGCAAUUAUCUUCCAAUUUUGGUCAAAUUAUUUUAUAACAAACUAUUUCAUCUUAAUUUUUGUCCUGACAGAUAAUGCUCUUUUGGGAAAUGGUCUUCAGAAAAAAAAGCAGAGGAAGCACUAACCAAAAAACUUCGUGAAUAUUUUGUUAAGAAUGUGAAGAUUGCCGAAGCAGACCAGGCGCGCGCAAGAAGCCUAGUGAGAGACUGCAUUAAGGAUCAGAUCAUUAAAUAUUGCAAACAGAACUCGUCUCUUCCAAUCUUGAGAAUUGAAUACACUGGAAGCGUGUAUGAGAGGCUUAAAACGGAAGCUGCCGAUGAAGUGGAUAUUAUGGUAGUACUGAAAACCCAUAAGCCAUUGCUAUGGGGUGAUCCGGAAGUUCUGGUUGAAGAUGUAGGUAAAGCUGGGUAUGCGCUACUCAAGGCAAGAGAUGACUCCAGACUUCGGAGUUACGCCAAUUCUGAAGGGUACAUUGAUCCAAAGCGGCUCCGAAAUGGCUGGUUUUAUAGUCUUGUUGAUCGAGCAGUAAAUGCUUUUAACAGACAUGGAAAUUCGGGUGUCAGGUUAAAAGUACGUUAUCACGGGCCUGCUGUUCAAGUUGAUAUCACAGAAGAACAAAAUGAUGUCUUACUGUUAUCAGUUGAUCUCGUUCCUUGUUUCGAAAUUGAAAAUGGUCAAUACUUCGUCCCAAAAUCGAGUGACCCAGUGCACGAUCCCUCCUCCAGUCUCCUCUGGAGGCAAUCGUUUUCACUUGAUGAAAAGGCACUGUUGCAGCGCAUGGAUAAGGAUGACCAUGGCUGCAGACACGAGCUGCUAAGAAUCGUAAAAAGCAUCGUCAAGUGGCAGAGGACAUCACUCGGGCCUUUGGAAUCUUAUCACGUGAAGAGUGCCUUUGUACAUUACAUUAAAAAGAAUCUAGACGAUUGGGAUAGCCGGAGCUGUCGAUUCCUUGGAAAACACUUUUUAGGUUUUCUUAGGGAACUUCAUUCCUUCCUUGAGGAAGGAAACCUUCCUCUCUAUUGGCUGCCAGAGGUUAACCUGCUGGAAGAAAUAAAUCCAGUAGUGCUUAAAAAUAUGGCGAAUCGUCUGAAGAGAAUUCUCAAUAGUGAAGCAGAAAUUGAUCGCAUUCUAUCUUCCAGAAUACACUUGGAAUGUUUAAUUGAUGAGGAUGAGAUAUAUAAUUUACAUUACACUUCUCAUCUUGAAAUGCCGCAAUUAGAUGCAGAUGGUGAAGAAAGGUCUUCUCUCCAGGCGUUUAUUCUAUCAGGCGUAGAGUUAGUGGUUGAAUCAGUGCAGGAUUUUUUAAAUUUUGCUAUCAUUUGUAUUAGUUUUGUUUUAAAAGUUUUCAAUGUCAUAUUACGUUGUUUUCUGCUGUUACUAGCAAUCACUGUAAUCAUUGACGUUGUAGAGAAGGCCAAGCUUCAGCUUAGUAUUGUAACUUACAAGGUCCCCUAA